GAAGGUAUCAAAGUCUAGGAUGAAGCAGUUAACUCUAGAACCACUCUGACUGAAAAUGUGUUGUAAUUUGGUCAACAAGAACAUUAACCUCUGAUGCAAUACGUUUUCCCAAAAAGGAUGAUUCAAAGGUAAGCACAGCACAGUAUCUUUUGCAACAGAACCAACAACGUGAAAUUUACAACAAUGAUCAGAACGUGGAAGCAGCUUUGCUUGUUCUUUGCAUUUCUAUUGACUACGGCUCAUGGAAAUAAGAAUUCUUCCUGUUCUUCCUCUGAAUUUACUUAUGAGCAGAUUGACAAACAGCUUCAGGAUAUAAAAAAUUGUUUUGAAACAGUAUCUAUUACAUGGACAGAAUACCAAAAGGCGAACAUUUUUAACCAACUACAAACACUGACUGAUAUUAUCCGGAAGCAAGAAAAUGAAGUGUUACAAAGGUUACUGCCAGCAAACUGUCCAGCUCCAGCUGUGCCGGAGGAUGGAGGCCUGCUGUGUGCAUCUGAGAAGAAUAAGACCUACUGUAAACCUAUGUGCAAUGCGGGUUAUGAUUUCAAUUUUCUAAGAAGAUCAAGGGUGUUUGAGGAAUGCGGUUCGGGAACGCAAGGCAAGUGGACAACACAGUUCAUCGGUGGCAACAUCCUGGCUAAAUGCGACAAGUCUCCCACUGCAGUGUCAGGAGUCCCUUCUGCCUACUUCCCUGAGGGCCAGGACUGUCAGAAAAUAAAGAGCGAUGAACGACUAAUGGGGAACAUCACAAAAAUCUUCCAAUCAGAGCUGGUUAUGGCAGGUAUUAAACCAUCACUAGAGACUUCCGGUCUUUUCUGUGGCUGACACAGUGGAUAUUCUGUGCAAAGUGAAUUUUACUAAAGUUCCCGGACUUGAGUCAUGUAAGUGCAAAAAUGUUAAUAAAAUGGAAACAAUGGAAAA